CGCCGUGACCCUUGACCUUGCGUGAUCGUUUCAGCCCAGCCCAUUUCUAACAUGGCGUCUGUAAACAAAAAAAGGAAAGUUGACCGCGAGGGCCGCCGCUUCCAGGACAAGUGGAAAUUUGAGUAUUUUUUCACUGAAAUACGAAACAACUGUGUCUGCCUAAUUUGCCAAGAGACUGUGGCUGUUUUCAAGGAAUUCAACAUCAAGAGGCACUACCAGACGAAACAUGCUAGCUACGACAAGCUAACUGGGAACAAACGCGGUGGCAAAAGUGAAGCAACUGGAAGCUGUUUUAACGGCACAGCAAAGCUUUUUCACAAGAGUCCGUGAGUCAAAUGAAAAUGCCACAAAGGCAAGCUACGAAGUGGCAACACUGAUUGCAAAGCACUGCAAACCUUUCACUGAGGGUGAAUUUAUUAAAGACUGUGUAAUGAAAAUGGUUGAGAAAAUUUGUCCCGCGAAGAAGCAAGAGUUUGCCAAUAUUUGCCUGGCUCGUAAUACUGUGGUACGGAGAAUUGAAGACGUUUCAUUAGAUAUUAAGAGACAGUUAGAGGCAAAAGGAACUGAGUUUGACUUUUUCUCGUUAGCGUGCGAUGAAAGCACGGAUGCGUCCGACACCGCUCAGUUACUGAUCUUUUUAAGAGGAGUGGACAAUGACAUGAACGUGAGUGAAGAGCUUCUGGACCUCCAGAGUCUGAAGGGCCAAACAAGAGGAACGGAUUUAUUUGUUUCUGUUUGUUCCACCGUAGAUGACAUGAAACUACAGUGGAAUAAAGUCACCGGGAUUAUUACGGACGGCGCACCUGCCAUGGCUGGCGAGCGGAGUGGAUUAUCAAGCCUUGUCUGUAACAAAGUCAGCGAGAAGAAGGAGGCAGCGCUAUUAAACUCCACUGUAUUAUUCAUCAAGAAGUUCUCUGUGCCAAAUAUAUGAAAUAUGAUAAUGUUAUGAAACCGGUGAUAAAGACUAUUAAUUAUAUUCGCUCCAAAGCGCUGUGCCACCGCCAGUUUCAACAGUUUCUUCUCGACAUCCAGGCUGAAUACGGAGAUGUUUUGUAUCACACGUACAGACGUAAGGUGGCUCAGUCGGGGGUCUGCGCUGCAGCGCUUCUUCUCUCUCAGGGAGGAAAUUGGACAAUUCUUGACUAAAAAGGGACAACCCAUGCCACAAUUAAAUGAUCCUGUUUGGCUGGCUGAUUUGGGAUUUUUAGUUGACAUAACGCGACAUCUGAAUGCGCUGAACACAAGCCUUCAAGGGCAAAAUGCAGUGGUAAGCCAACUGUAUUCACACAUCAAAGCCUUUCGGACCAAGCUACUACUUUUCCAAAGACACCUGUCACAGGCGCAGCCCAAUACCGCACAUUUCCCGUCGCUGCAGGAAAUUGUGACCAGUUUCCCACAGAUCAAUAUCAGUGCGCAAAUGACAAAGUAUGCAGCAGACAUCUCAUCUCUGGUUGAGGAGUUUCAGCAGCGCUUUCGGGACUUUGCAGCUAUUGAAAAGGAGAUCACGCUUUUUUCCUCUCCUUUCUCCGUGGACCCUGAUGACUCUCCAGACCACCUGCAACUGGAGCUCAUUGAGCUGCAGUGUGACGCCGAGCAUCGCAGUCGGCACCAACAGCUCCCUCUUGUCAACUUCUACCGCCAGCUGGAUGAAGGCAGGUUCCAAGCAAUUCGGACAUUUGCUAAGAAAAUGCUGAGCUUGUUUGGCUCCACAUACAUGUGCGAGAAGACAUUCUCCGUUAUGAACAUUAACAAGAGCCGCAUGAGGACGAGACUGAGUGACUCUCACCUGCGUGACGUCUUGCGCAUCAAAACCACUGCUCUUGAGCCAGACAUGGACUACAUACUGCAGUCAAGAUCCCAGUAUCACCCUUCACAUUAGUGCAGACCUCAUUCAGGCCUCCCAGGACUCCAGUGUGAAUAUCCCUCAAAUGGCUGAUACACUAAUAGAGAGGGCAGGCAAUGCCAGUUGGGUGGUAGUUUUCAAGGCCUUGAUUACUACCCACCAUCUCAUGGUGCACGGCAAUGAGAAAUUUCUGCAGUUCCUUUCAUCGAGGAACUCUUUGUUCAACCUUGCCAACUUCUUGGACAAAACAGGCUCACAUGGCUACGACAUGUCCACCUUUAUCAGACGCUACAGCCGCUAUCUCAAUGAGAAGUCGUUCGCCUACAGGCAGAUGUCUUUCGAUUUUGUGAGAGUCAAGAAAGGAGCUGAAGGAGCAAUGAGAACCAUGACAGUAGAGAAAUUGCUAAAAGGAAUGCCAAUCCUACAGGGUCAGAUUGAUGCACUGCUGGACUUUGAUGUACAUCAACCGGAAUUAAACAAUGGAGUGAUUAAUGCCUGCUUUCUUCUACUGUUUAAAGACCUGAUAAAGUUAUAUGCCUGCUACAAUGAUGGGAUCAUCAAUCUCCUCGAGAAAUUUUUCCAGAUGAAGAGAAGCCAGUGUAAAGAUGGACUUGAGAUCUACAAAAGAUUUCUGACUCGCAUGACUCGGGUAUCUGAAUUCUUCAAAAUUGCUGAGCAAGUGGGAAUAGAUAAAAACGACAUACCUGAACUCACUCAGGCCCCAGAAAGUCUCUUGGAAUCGUUGGAGACUCACCUCAACACUUUGGAAGGGAAAAAGCCGUCACCCACCAAGGACACAGUGGCCAACAACAGCUCAGGAACGACUGCCCCAUCUUCUGCACCACCCAAGCCUGCACCACCCGCUGCUACCGGUGGGCCCCCUCCUCGCCCCGGGCCACCUGCCAAACCUCCACCACCCUCUGUAACACCCACAGCUGUAGCUCCCACCCUUACCCCAAGCAGUGCCCUUGAUGAUGGCUUCCUGUUGGACUUAGAUCCUAUGUCCUCAUCCUCAGCACCUUCAACUACAACUGGUUGGGGAGACCUUUUGGCUGAUGCGACUCCCGCUGUCAGUAACAGCACUUCUGAGACUGAACAAGCAAAGACAGAGCUUGCUGCCGAUACCGGCAGCACCUCUGCAGGGGCUGCAACGCCAGCUGCUGCUGCUACGGCUCCAGCCAUCCCAGCACCCUCUUCCCUCUCUGUCGCAGGUCCAACUUCAUCAUCAGUUAGAGACAUCGACCUUUUUGGAGAUGCGUUUGCACCUUCCCCAGGAGACGGUCCUGCCACUGUGGCUGCGGGUCCUGCCACUGAUGCAUUUGGUGAAUCUGAUCCUUUUGCUACAACCGAAGGAAGUGGAGACAUUGCUCCAGGGUUGGACCUGUUCGCUAUGAGACCCGCUGAUAAGGAUGUCACCGCCAUCACUCCUCCCACCUCUAGUGAGACCACGGCCAUCGCUGCCCCCGCUGCUGCCCCCACACCUUCUGCCACCACUACCACUAGCACCACAGAUACCACCACCACCACAGAGUCUGCAGCCGCUCCGGCUCUAGAUUUUUUUGGUGAUAUGCUUGAUUCUAUGCCUGAGCAAAGUCCCACCACAGAAUCCAAAGCUGCUACCACUCCUAGCGUAGACCUUUUUGGUGCAGACCUCCCUGCUGUUUCACGGGGGCCUUCUCCUUUGCCUGAGCCGGUUCCAUCUGGAGACAUUGUCACUGAUCCUGCUCCUGCUCCUGCUCCUGGUAUAGCUCCUGCUUCUGCUUCUACUCCUGCUCCUGCUCCCGCUCCUGCUCCUGACAUCGCUCCUGCUUCAGCAGCUGCUCCUGUUGUUGCUCCAACACAAGCUACUAAUGCUGCUUAUGCCACCGAGGCCUCCAUUGCACCUCAAGUAGAACCGACCCCAGUCAUUGACCUACUCGACUCCUUCACUGGCUCAAUGAAGGAGACCGAGAGCUCAGCUCCUCCGGGACCUGGAGGCGACUUACUGGGAGACCUCAUGUCGCCUACCCUGGCACCCACCGCGGCCCCGGGCUUGGCCCAAGCCUUCGCUCCAGCUCCAGUUCAGAAUGAUCUUCUCGAGUCGGGAUUUGAACCUCUGGGUUCACUUCCCUCUCCGACACCACCUGUGCCAGCUGUACCAAUGGUACCUCCCACAGCUGAACCGGCAAGAACCACACCGGCGCUCUCUGGCGGCUUUGAUGCUUCGAUGUUUGACGGAUUAGGUGACUUGCUGAUGCCCGCUGUAACGCCACAGAGCACUGGGGGAAGCGUGGCAGGCAGCGCUGUGGGGAACAUGGGAACUCCCGUUACAGUCGAAAGCGUUGCAGCUGCUCCACCUGCAACCCCACCCCCGACCAAAACUAUUGCUGGGGACCUUGACUCGUCAUUGGCCAACCUGGUCGGAGACUUGGGAGUGAAGAAAAAGGACCCACAGAGUGAAAAGAAGUUGACUGGAGGAGCCAACUGGACGCCUCAUGUGGCCCCCACAAGCUGGACCACAUCAGGUGUCCCCAUGGCAGGUGUAGCUCCUGGAGGACCAGGAUCAGCGUCCUCUACUGGAACGAUGGUCCCACCAAUGAGUGCACAGCCUGGCUUUGGAAUGGCGGCUGCAGGGGGGCCAGGAGCUUCCAUGAUGCAGCCCAUGAUGGGCCAGCCUAUGAUGGGUCAGCCCAUAAUGAGACCACCCUUUGCCGGAGUAGUCGGACAUGCACCUGUAGGUGCUGCGACAGCACCUGGAGCGCCGCUUUCUCCUGGACCUGCAAGUCAGAGUCCCAAAAAGCCAAAGGAUCCCCUGGCAGAACUUGACCUUAAGGACUUCUUAUAACGCAAAUGAAGCCAGGAGUCGGAUGCUCUCGUUGUUUUUCCGGCGUCUCUCAAGAUUUCAGGAUGCCAAAUGCCCUGUCAAUUCUCGCUGUCUGUUACUUGACGUGAUAAGAGCCUCUCUCCUCCAUCCACUUCCUGUUUCCUUCUCUUGUGUGAUGUUGUAGCACAAACUGUGAAAGUGAACCAUAGCGGAUUAUAAACAGUAUCUGAAUAUAUAUGAGAAAAGAAGUACAAGUGUGUGCUCAUGUAGAUGUUCUAACCUUUUUCGUCCCAGGCAAAAUCUCCCCCAAAAAUAUUCUUGAGUGAAAGUGAAGGCAUAUGUGAUUAGAUUUAUUUCUUGUGUUGAAUGACGGAUUGUACGUUGGUGUCCUCCUAAGCUCCGCCCAGUCUUGUUCCCCGGCCCCUUGACACAGAGGGAUGAGACCUUCUUUGUUUUGGUCCAAUUGGACAAGAGUGCUGAGUAAAUUAACUGUAUUUUUUUUAGAACUAUGUUGUGUCUUGUUUACAGAGCGGUUUCAAAUGUUGUACAUAGACUCCUCUGGUGAAUUUUGAUUAUUAUGUCCUGUAUGUCUGUUGAAGAGAAAUAUCAACGUGAAAUGAAACUGUAAGGAGUCGUGGGCAUAAUUCUGUCAUUAUUUGAAAGAAAAAAAACGUGAUCAUUUUAUUGUAUAUUAUUAAUGUAUGGGCUUUUGAGAAAUUGGAACAUACAAACAUUGAGGCUUUUUUUGUGGCUUUUUUUUCUAUGUUGCUCUUUUUGUGUCAGUUAUCUCAUCUAAUUCUGAAUGAUGUCCCUCCCAAGGCUAUAGUUGAUGUUUACCUCUUUUGCAAUGGAAGGCCAAACCUUAGUUCUAAAUACAAUUUCCAGUGAAAAAUAUUUAGUUAUUUACCAUGGCAACACAUUUAAAUUGCUCCUCAAUGAAACAGUUCCCCCUUUUAUUGUAUGCAUUGAAAAAAAGUAUUUGUGGGGAUUAACAAAUUCAAUAGGAGAUUUUUUUUUCUAGUUAAAGUAGAGAUGGUUUCCAAAGAUGCAAACUCUGGGCAAUCUUGUAUAAUAGAGCAAUUUUCUCUUCAACUAAUGAUCUGCCUUUGUAUUUUAUAGCCCUGAGACCAAAUCUCUGGAUAUUAACAAGUAUUUUGAAGAGUCGAUAGCAAUUUGCUUGAAAUUCUUUUUUUAUUUAUUUUUUAUUUAUUUAUUUAUUUAUUUAUUUUUUGUCAUCAAGGAUUUGUAGUUCCAUUGUAAGACCUCUUAGUGUUUCUGUGUGCACUGCAGAAUCCCACAGUAGUUUUGACUCACAAUGUUAGCCUUCAUUUUACACUUGUUUGUGUGUGUUUGUGUGUUAAUGGGGAUUUGGACUACAUGCUUUUUGCAUUAGAAAUACAAUGAUACAUCCCCUGCCAUUUGAGUUUUCUGUUUAAACCAUAAGGUUGUACAAAAGAGAUCUGAUGCAGAUUGAACAUUUUCAUGCACUGAGUUACAAGAUUUUUAUUUUUGUUUAAUUUAUUUAGUGUAUGAUGUCCCUUCACAGUGCAUGUAAGCCCUUUGAGAUGCAAUAAACUAAAAGACGAAUUGAAAUGCUCUUUUUCCACUUCGUGUGUCUUAUUAACAUAAUUACUCGUGGAUCUUGGGUGCGUUUUUUCUUUUUUUUCUUUUUUUAUAAACAGAGCUGCUUAAGGAGGCUGAUUUUCUAGAGUAUGAAGUUUUACUGGGGAAUCUAGAAAUGUUACAAUACAGUACUUUAGAGAAUGCCAUGCAAUCGAAAUGUAAUUACACGAUCAAUACUAAUGCAUGAUCGACACUGUUUCUUUAAAGUGAUCAUGUGUCCUCUGUGGUUACAAUCAUGCACUAUUCAUAACGCUAAUUAUUCUUUGGUCCUGUGCCCUGCAAUGGCCUGGCAACCAAUCCAGGGUGUACCCCACAUUUUGCCCAAAGUCAGCUGGGACAGGCGUCAGCUCGCCAUAACUCUUAUGAUGACAAAUACAUUAGAAAAUAAAUGGGUGGUUACUUCUGUGCUUCUUGUUGAUAAUUCUUAUUACAAAUUGCUGCAAAUAUAUUUAAAUAUUGUUACAUAGCUUUGUGAUAAAUGCAUUACUAGUCAUAUAAUUAGAAGAUAUUGGUACCCUGUAAAAUUUGAGAGAAAUGUUUUGGGACUGGUGUCACAAAAUAAAUAUUUCAAAACCAAUCUUUCAGGUUUUCCCGUUCAAAUUAAUCCUUAUGGUGUCUAACACACUUUCAUGGCCUCCUUCGCCACGGCUCCAUGCACUCCUGAAAAGAUCCAACUUAGUUCCUUUGUCAGGGACCAUCUGGAUAUUAUCCACAUCUUCAAAAUGCUUCCCCUUGAUGACGCACUUGAGCGUAAGAAAGAAUGAAUGAAAGCACGUGGAGCCCCUUUGGGUGAGAGCUUCCUCCAGCAAAGUGAUGCUCUUCCCCAGUCAGGAAGGGUUGGAUGCUCAGGGCAGGCGCGUUGUUAAAGGUGGAAGCAGUCCUGAGCUGUCCUGCCACAAUGCUCACUUUUUCUCACAUACAGAACAGGCAAAUGCUGCAGAAUCUCUUCACGGAUGUAACGGUUGAUUGUGUAGUUCACAUUGAAAGGGCAAAUAUGUAGGUUGGGUCUGAAAUACAUAUUCCGCGACACCAAUCCAGGAAUCUUUCUGUAACACCUUGUAAAUGAAAUC